AUAAAAUAUAUAAAUAAACAAAACAACAAUCAUUUGAAUUUUAAUUAUAAAUGAACAACUUCGUGUAAUGAAGCAAUGAUUCAAACAGGUUUUUCUGAAGAACUUGAGGAGUUGGAAAAAUUAGCGCGAAUAAGAAAAUUAUAUUUAUCAGAUUACUCACAAUUAAAACGAAAUUUUAAUCUAUCUCACAUCGUUCAUACAACAUUACACUUAUCACAAUUUAUGGUAAUAACACUAAGCGAAAUAUUUCACCACAUUUACCAUGAAGUUCAUAGACGUUUAAAAGAAAGAAAUCCUGCUCUACCGAGUCUUGACGGUGAUCGUGAUAUUUUAUUAAUUAUCAAUAUACCAUUCAAUAUGAUUGUGAGUUUAGGUCUGAGUUUCAUGUGGUUAUUUGCUAAAAAGUUAAAAAAAAAAAAUGAAAUUUCUUUCGGUGGUUGUGCCAUUGGUACCAUUUUGUCAAUAGUCACAUCAAUUGUCGUAAUGAGACAAGCUCAAGUACAAAUAAAUCUUGCAGGAGUUAAUAUUGCUGAUGUUAUUAGCCAUCCAAUAUUUAUUCAUGACUUUGUUAUUUGUGUUUUAUCUAUUUUCAAUCUUGCUUUAAAUCAAAUUCAAUUUUGGCUCAUAUAUGAUUAUUUACAUUGGGAGCAUCACCAAAAAAAAUUAGUAAGUACUAAUUUAGAAAUGAAUCAAAUUAACGAACGAAGUUCCACAUCAAGAGACCCGCAAACUUCACAAAUAAUAUCAGUAACAUUAAGAAACGAGGAUCCUAUGAAUAUAGAAAACAACCGUAUAAAUUUAUUCUGCUGUUGUAUUGAUUAUUGGAACUAUUUAACACGAACGAAACGAAAAAAUCGAGUCAAUUAUGAAUUCCAAGUUGUUUAUAUAAUGUAAAAAUAAAAUGAUUUAAUUUAAAAUUUGAAUGUUGAAAAAAAUUUGAUAUUUAUUUAUAAAUUUUUUUUUUCAUCUUCGUUUAUGUGUUGUUACAAAUAAAUAAAAAAUUUUCGAUCGUAAAGCACUUCCUAAUGCUUCGCAUUAUGAGCCGUGCAAAUAAUGUAUGAAUAAUAUUGUUAAUAUAUGUAAUGCCGUCAUAAUAAAUAAAUAUAUUCUAUGAUGUCAUAUGUAAGA